CACUGAAUUGCACUUUGCACUCGAUCGACGACUUCAAAUCAAGAGAUCUGUUCGUAAUGCUGAGACACGCUCUGUCUGGUCGGUGGAUCCGUGCACCUGUACCCAGGGCUAUCAGCAGGGGGCUUCGAGCUGCCGCUUCCUGGAGGAGCUCACGUGCACUGCAGGGAGAGACGGUCCGUGUGGGCUGCAGCUCGGGGUUCUGGGGCGACACGACCACUGCAGCCCCUCAGUUGGUGGAGGCUGGCGACAUUGACUACCUGGUGGCUGACUAUCUCUCUGAAAUAACCAUGUCCCUCCUUGCCAAUGCCAAGCAAAAGUCACCACAACUGGGCUACUGUCCAGAUUUCGUAGAGACUCUGAGGCCGCUACUCAAAGACAUUAAGAAGAAAGGUAUUCGAGUGGUGAGCAAUGCAGGGGGUGUCAACCCCCAGGCCUGUGUGGCAGCCCUCCUCCAGGCUGCCAGAGACCAGGGCCUGGAGCUCUCCGUCGCCACCGUCACUGGAGACGACUUCACCGACAGAAUGGAGGAGGUUCAGAUGCUAGGAGUACAGGAGAUGAUCACUGGACAAUCACUACCUGAGAGUGUCCACAGCAUGAAUGCCUACCUCGGGGGCUUCCCCAUCGCGGAGGCCCUCUCUCUGGGGGCAGACGUGGUGGUGACUGGUAGAUGUGUGGACUCUGCACUCACCCUCGGCCCUCUCAUUCACCAGUUUCAGUGGAGAGAGGAAGACUUUGACUUGCUGGCAGCAGGAAGUCUGGCGGGUCAUCUGGUGGAGUGUGGGGCACAGGCAACCGGAGGCAUCUACACUGACUGGAGACAUGUACAAGGAUGGGACAAUAUGGGGUUCCCAGUGGUGGAGUGUGGAAGUGACGGUGUGUUUACAGUCAGUAAACCACCCAAUACAGGAGGUCUGGUGACCUGGGGAUCUGUCGCUGAACAGUUGGUGUACGAGAUAGGAGAUCCUACGAAACUAUCUUCUACCUGACGUGAGAUGUGACUUCUCCCAAGUCACCAUGGAAGAGAUCGCUGAGAGUAACGGGGAGAGUGCUGUUUUGGUUACUGGUGUCAUGGGAAACCCUGCUCCAGACACUUACAAGGUGAGUGCGACAUACGGAGAUGGAUACAGGUGCAUGGGAGUGUGCACGGUGGUUGGUCCCAAGGCAGUGGAGAAGGCUCACAGAGUAGCAGAGGCCAUCCUCAGCAGAACUCGCAGAAUUUUCCAGAAGACUGGGCUACCAGACUUCACUCAGACUCAUGUCCACGUGGUGGGAUCUGGGUCCAGCUACAUCCACGGAGCUGACAGUGGAGACAGCAGGGAGGUGUGCAUGUGGCUCGGAGUACGACACACGCACAAGCAGGCCCUGGGCAUCUUCUCCAGGGAACUGGCUCCGGCUGGAACUGGCAUGGCUCCUGGGUUUACAUCGCUCAUUGGAGGCAGACCGAGUGUGUCUCCCGUUUUAAGACUGUUUUCCUUUCUGUAUCCCAAGAACAAACUACCAGUCUCAAUUCAUCUGAAUGGAGAGCUGGUGAAGACUCUGGACUAUAGUGGGUGUGGCACGGGGAUUGCCAGUCAGUUAGAAGAUGAGAGAGAGGGGGAGGGGUGUGCUAGGGGAGACUGUAUCUACAGACUGGAGCAGUUGGCCUACCUCCGCAGUGGAGACAAAGGGAACUCUGCCAACAUAGGAGUGAUAGCCCGUCACCCGGACUUCCUGCCCUACAUCAGGAGAGCCCUCACCACAGACGUCAUCAGAAACUACUUUGGCCACUUCUUGGAGGAUACCUCCACCAUUGAGAGAUAUGAGCUACCGGGGAUCAGGGCUCUCAACUUCGUGAUUGGAGACUGCCUCGGUGGAGGGGGUGUGGCUUCUCUCAGAAUAGACCCUCAGGUGAUGAAUCAUGCAUUCCACAUUAGUAAUAAGUUGGUUUGGUGGUAAUAAGUGCUCAUCUCAUAUAUAGUCCCUCUACUGUAAUAGGUUUGGUCAAACUUUAGUGUACUGAAGGAACACAUACUUGUAGCACAGCUACAUACAAUAUUAUGGUAUAUAGCAUGACUAUUCUUUCUGUUGUCUGUCAAUAGGGCAAAGCGUAUGCUCAGAUGUUGGCAGAGUAUGAAUUGAUUGGACUACCAGAAUUCCCCAGUGAACACUUACAGAAGAACUGAUUGAAUCAAAUUCCAAUUUCUAAUUUAUACUACUGCUAAUUAUCCAAUAUCUAUGGCUUUGGAGAUGAUGGUUGUUACACUUG